CCUCUUGAGUUCCUCCACUGUCAACUACAUUUCCUCUGCAUCGGAAUGGCAAAAGGAGAACGUGUUCCAAGUAGUGCGAUUGUCAGUGUAGAAUAGUUGAUAGUGUAUUAAUGUCUGGUGUUAUUAUUUCAUAGGAAAACAUUUACUCGUAUUUGCUUACCUGGGCGAGUGGAUACGUGGUGAGUAACCUACAAGGUCAGAUGGACAUUGGAUUAGGGAAAUCAACGCUCCCGCUCUAAAGAAAGUGAUACAUUAGAAGUAUGUCAUUAUCGCAACAUUUGAGCUUUGAUGUUUGAGGUUAACACGUUACAGUGUUUGUCCUGCGAAGUUAUUCGGCACUCUGUGUACAAUGUAGCGACAUUUAUGUAUUACUUGCAUGAAUGUAACAUGAUAUUUCGUUCGAUAUGACUAAUGUGACGCCAAGUAAAAGCGUAGAAUGGCUCCAACUCGAGUUGGAAUCCGGGGGAAGUUCGCUGCUUUUGUUGGACUGCCGAUCGCACGAACUUUAUGAAUCAUCCCACAUAGAAACGGCCAUCAAUUUGGCCAUACCAGGUUUGAUGCUGCGAAGGUUCAAGAAGGGCAACAUACCCAUCCGAACUAUCAUCCCGAACCACGAAGACAAGGAGAAAUUCGUUAGACGUUCUAAUACGGAUACAGUGAUUCUGUACGAUGAGUGCACUGUGGACUGGCAGGAUGGGGCCACUGGUUCGGUUCUGGGACUACUUCUUCAGAAACUAUGGGACGACGGCUGUAAAGCAUAUUACCUGGAAGGGGGAUUUGUGAAGUUUCAGACCGAGUACUCAGAGCACUGUGAGACCCUCCUGGACAGCUGCUGUCCCAGCUCCUCUCCUCCGCUGUCUGUCCUAGGCUUUGGAAGUCUCCGGAUUAGUUCCGACCUCUCCGAUGGUGAGUCGGACCGCGAGCCGAGCAGCGCAACCGAGUCUGAGGAGAGCCCCCUUCCCAACAACCAACCUGCCUUCCCAGUCCAGAUCCUCCCCUACCUUUACCUGGGCUGUGCCAAAGACUCCACCAACCUAGAUGUGCUGGGCCAGUACAACAUCAAGUACAUCCUGAACGUCACGCCCAACCUCCCCAACAUGUUUGAACAUGACGGCCUCUUCAAGUAUAAGCAGAUCCCCAUCUCGGACCACUGGAGUCAGAACCUGUCCCAGUUCUUUCCAGAGGCCAUAUCCUUCAUCGAUGAGGCUCGGUCCAAGCAGUGUGGCGUCCUGGUACACUGUCUGGCUGGCAUCAGCCGCUCUGUCACCGUGACCGUGGCCUACCUGAUGCAGAGGCUCAAUCUGUCACUCAACGACGCCUACGACUUUGUCAAGAGGAAGAAGUCCAACAUCUCCCCCAACUUCAACUUCAUGGGCCAGCUGCUGGACUUCGAGAGGACACUGGGGCUGCAUAGCCCGUGUGACAACCGCUCCUCGUCCAAUGAGCAGCUCUACUUCACCACGCCGACCAAUCGCAAUGUGUUCCAGCUGGACACGGUGGAGUCGACGUGAGGGACGGAGAAGAAAGGGUUUGGUUGCUAUGUUGUUUCAUCAGUGUCUCCAGGGUAUUUUGUAGCCUGACAGGAAAAGGAAAACACACCUGGCACUGCAGCUUGUGGAGACUGACAAGACUCACCUGUCAAGCAAGUGAUUUCAGUAUGGAUUUUCAUAGGACACGUUGCCCGCCAUUAUGCUUACAACAGUACAUCCUCUGUUUGGUCCAAGCUCUGUCUUAUGCCUUAAAGGGAUACUUUAGGAUUUUGGCAAUGAGGCCCUUUAUCUACUUCCCCAGUCAGAUGAACUUGUAGAUACAAUUUUUAGUCUCUGUGCCCAGUAUGAAGGAAGUUAGAGUACGUUUUGCGACCCAAUGCUAACGAACGUUAGCGCAAUGACUGGAUGUCAAUGGGUAUCAACUAGCAUGCCAGCAGUUACCAUAGACUUUCAGUCAUUGCGCUAACUCUAGUUAGCAAUUACGCUAACGCUAGUUAGCAACUUCUUUCAAACUGCACUCAGAGACAUAAAAAUGGUAUCGCCGAGUUCAUCUCACUCUGGGGAAGUCCCAAAAUCCCAAAGUAUCCCUUUAAUGUUUUAUUCAAGUAAUCCAAAAGGCUUAGUGUGUAAAAUAGUGAAUGAUGGUAUACAAUGGUUAUUGCAAGAAAUGUAAUUAUUAUGAGCUAACUCGAUGGUUUGACUGUUAUUUCAUAUUCACCCGCUGGAAAGUGGAUGUGUCAGUUGUUUUCAGAACAACUGUGGCUAAUGCCUUGUUCUGAAGGGAGAGGUUGGCCAAGCAGAAUGUGAAUCAAUGUUUUCUGGGACCAAAAGGAGAUGUUUUGAAUAGUACUCUUGCUGAGGGGACUGGGCUACUUUAAGUUGGCCUUGAAUGACUUUGUAACAUUCCUAUUGAUGACUGUUCUACACGUCGUCAUUUGCAGUUAACAUCAGAAGGGAGUGAUCACUGAAAACAUUUGCUGACAAGUGCUAUGUUAUGUUCUCUACUUUGCUGUCAUCUUUAGAGUAAACAUUUGUGUUUUCUAUUCCAUAAUGUAAGAAUGCAAUACAUUAUGUCAGAACAUUACAGUUUUACCUUUGUUGAAUUGAGAGGGUCACCCUCUGCAAAAUAUUAAAGAUGAAACACAUUUUUUUUUUUUUUUGCAAAGCUCUUGUAAAUUGUGAUAAUUAUAAUAGCAUUGCAUUGUUUGCAUGUAAUCAAGUUUAACUUCUGUAUACUGUACCUCUUCUGCCUGUUGUUCCUGUGGCCUUUACCAUACCUUCUAAGUUAACACUUAACUGUCUUUAACCAAGGACCUGGGUAUAGUAUAGUAUUGUCAUUUGCCAUGCUUGAAAUUAAUGACUUGUAUUAUCAUAGUUAUGAUCCAUAAUGGACAUUUUUACCUUGUUUAUUAAAUCAUGUAUAAGUCAUGUAUUGACACAAUCUUCAGCCUGCAGCUACUCUUCCUGUGGCGGAACCAUGUUAAGGGAAACACAUGGGGGGUAGAUCAUCUUAAUAUUGCAGAUCUGUUCUGUAUUUGCCAGUAAUCGAAGUUGAAUAUUUUAGCGAAUGAGAGACAGGAAAUGAAAGGAAACGCGUGAUAAUGAUGCUAAUGUGUUCUUACCUCACGGAGAGACAUUUUCAGGGAUUUUUAUACAACACAUCUGUAUCUUGUUAUGGCAUCUGAAACACAUCAAAGGGCUGUGUUUAUUUGGUAUGGGUUUGUAAAAGAUGUACAAAAGAUUAGCUUGGUAACGGGGGACCUUUUCUCUGAAUCAUGAAGGAUGUGAAAUUGACCCGAUUACAGUAUGUAUAGUGUAUGUAAAACUAAAUGUACAAGACAUUUAUGUACAAGUUUAUACAACAAAUAUAUUGUAUAUUUUUUACUUUCAAAUGUG